AUGCCUGUUCAAGGAGCUCUUGAUUUUACAUUAUUUAUAAAAAAUUUUAUCGAAUUUCCAAUGUUCCAGGUUAAACAUAAAAAUAUGGUUGACGAGUUAAAACUCCCAUGUACUUUUCAUCCAAAAGAUAAUAAAGAUUGUCCGAUAUUCACUAUUGAUUACAUAAUGAGUGAAGCUGAAAAAAAUAUUACUGAACGUAAUUUAAUGUUACGUCACGGUGGUGUUGUACGUAUUAAACUCGAUUGGGAUUGCAAUUUAGAUCGAAAGAUAAAAUUAUGUAAACCUGAAUAUUCAUUUGCUCGUCUUGAUGUACCUUUUUAUGAAAAACCGUUUUCACGUGGUUUUAAUUUUCGUUAUGCUACUUCUUGGAAAUAUGAUGACAAUUAUUUUCGUGCAUUAACAAAAGCUUAUGGUCUUCGUUUUAUAAUUGCUGUUAGUGGUAAAGCUGGAAAAUUUGAUUUCAUCACAUUAACUUUAAAUAUUGGUUCAUUAGUGGGAAUAUUUGGUUUAGCAACAUUUGUUUGUGAUAUUAUUCUACUUCAUUUAUCGAAACAAGCACGUGCUUAUCGAAAUCAUGUCUUUGAAAUUGUACACUUAAGAACACGUCUUAAUAGUGCAAUAAAAGACGUAAAAAUUCAUUUUCAAUCUAAUAAUGGAACAUAUUCAAGUUCUAUAUCAAAUGGUAAAACAGAAUUAUCAAAUGGAACAAUUGGUAAUAAUAGAAAAUCUCCAGGAAAAACAGUUGCCAUUCGUCCACUUAUUCUUAUUCGUCCAGAUCAAUGA